UGUCAAUCAGGAGCUUAGCUUAACUUUAGGCCCAUCACCUUUUGAUGACAACUUUAUAUCAUGUGGUCUUACAAUAAUUUGCUGUGUCAUUCCUGGAAUAUUAACCAGAAAUUCCUGAAUAUAUGAAAAUGAAACUAACUUCACCACAGUCUGUCACCUUAACACAAAAACAAACACAAUGAGACUGCUGCUUUCUGGAAAAACGAAACUAGAAAGUAGUUUCCUUUCCUCAUUAACACCAUGUGUGUUUCUCAGACCAGUAAAUAAUCUCUACUCUUCUGGGAAGACUUUCCAUUAGGGCCAUUAGAGGUUAGACCUUGAUGUCAUGUGAGGCGGCCUGGGGUUCCAGUUCAUCCAGAAGGUGUUCCGUGAAGUUGAGGACUCUGUGGAGGACACUGGAGUUCUUCCACUCCAAACUUGUUGUUAGGUUCAACCCAGUUAGAAGGUCAACGUCUCGAGACCACCGCCCUCGUGCCACCCAGAGCUCUGGAGCUGGAGAUCUGAUCAAAUCCACCGGUUCUGGUUUAAAUUAAAAAAAAAAUGGCUGAAAGUGAGAAAUCUUACUAUGAAGAUCAGUUCAGCUGCUCAAUGUGUCUGGAUCUCCUAAAGGACCCAGUGACUAUUCCCUGUGGACACAGUUUCUGCAUGAGCUGUAUUAAUGACUUCUGGUCUGGGUUGGAUCCGAAUACUGCCUACAGCUGCCCUCAGUGCAGGGAGGCAUUUUCUCCAAGACCUGCCCUGAAGAAGAGCACCCUUUUGGCUGAAGUGAUGGAGAAAAUGAAGAAUGCUUCAGCUCCGGCUGCUACUUCUAAUCAGAAUACCUCAACGUGCAUAAGAUUGGAGUGUGACUUCUGCAUAGGAGCCAAAAAUACAGCUGACAAAUUCUGCCUGCAGUGUUUAGCCUCUUACUGUGAGCUUCACCUCCAGCCUCACUACGAAUCUCCUGUGUUCAUGAAACACAAACUAGUCCCAGCAUCUGCGCAGAUGCAGAAGAACAUCUGCCCACAUCAUGGCAAGCUGCUGGAUAUUUACUGUUGCGACGACCAACAGGUUAUCUGUUACCUGUGCAUGGUUGAUGGUCAUAAAGACCACAAAUCAUCAUCUGUGGAAACUGAGAGAAUCAAAAAUCAGGAUGCCUUGAAAAAGAUAAAUGUGGAGUGCCAGCAGAUGAUUACUCAAAGAGAAGAAAGCCUAAUGGAGCUCACUAAGGCUAUGACAUCAAUUAAGUGUUUUGCGCAGGCAGCCGAGGCGGACAGUGAGAGGAUGUUUACUGAGCUGAUGGACUCCAUGAAGAGAAGAUGCUCAGAGGUGAAAACACUGAUCAAAGCUCAAGAGAAGGCCGAACUGAUUCGAGUUGAAGAACUUCGCCAGCAGCUGAACUGUGACCUCACAGAGCUGAGGGCAAGAUUUGUAGAAAUACAACAGCUUUUAUCUACAAACGAUCACAUCGAUUUCAUGAGGAAAUACACUUCAGUCUAUGCCCUGCCCAUGUUUAAAGACUUGCCUUCCAUAACCUGUGUGACUCUUGAUACUUCUGGAAAAAUCUCAAUUUCAGCAGUCAAAGAACACAUUGAGGAUGUGUGUCAACAGGAAAUAGCAAGGAUAUCAAAAGAAGUUAUGAACAUCCAUGUUGUGGAGCCUUCAGAGCCAGAGACCAGAGAGGACUUUUUACAAUAUUUCUGUGAUCUUCAUGUGGAUACAAACACUAUCAGCAAUAACAUUUGUCUGUCUGAGGGAGACAGAAAAGUGACCAGCUCUCGUCCAGCCCAUCCAUAUCCUGAUCAUCCUGAGAGAUUUGACCAUUAUCUAUAUGUCUUAUGUAGAGAGGGUCUUUAUGGUCGUUGUUACUGGGAAGCUGAUUGCAAUGGAAAUGAUUGGGCUGUAGCAGUUUCAUACAAAGGCAUCAUGCGUAAAGGAAACAGUGAAAAGUGUAGAUUUGGUUAUAAUGCUAAGUCUUGGAGAUUCUCCCAUGCUGACCAAAUAUACAGUUUCCGACAUAACCAAACUGUACACAGGCUUCCUCGGCACAAUUCGACAAUUAUCGGUGUGUACCUGAACCACAGUGCAGGAAUUCUGUCCUUCUACGGUGUCUCUGACCAGAUGACUCUCCUCCAUAAAGUCCAGACAACAUUCACUGAGCCACUCUAUGCAGGGUUUGGGAUUGGAACUGGCUCAGUUAUCCGAAUUCUGGAAAAAUCCUGAAAUUAAAAUUUAGAACUUUCUUGAAGAAAGGGUUAGCACAAUUUGAGUUACAAAACAUGCCAACCUCUUUAAAGGUACAAAUUGAUGUUUUUUUUUUUACCCUGACCAGUGUUGUAGUCGAGUCACUAAACUUCGAAUCCGAGUCUAGUCUCAAAUCCCCACUGUUCAAGUCCAAGUCAUUAAAGAAAAUUUUGAGUUAAGUCUGAGUCGAGUCCACCAUUGAUCCGAGUCAAGUCUGAGUCGAGUCCAAGAACAAGACUCCAACUGCAUCAUUUGAUGGUGGCUGUUGCUGCCUUUAUGUGAAAUUGUCUCUGCUACUGUGUUGGACUAACGUUACUGCUUGACUGCCCCAUUUUAGUUAAUAGGCUACAGAUAAAAAGCUUGGUCAUCGUUCAGCAAGCCCCGCUAUCAACAGGCAAAUAACAUGAGAGAGGGUUAACACUAGCUAGUUCAUCAGUCAGCAAGCCCUGCUAUCAACAGAGCAAUGAACAUAGCAUGUCACUUACUUCUCUGGGUGGAGUCUUGCCAAAUGACUACUGAAGUUCAAGGUUGUCCCCAUCGUCUCCUCAAUAGGAGGUGGUGUAGUGGUUAGCACUGUUGCUUCACAGCAAGAAGGUUCUGGGUUCGAGCCCAGUGGCUGACGGGGGCCUUUCUGUGUGAAGUCUGCAUGUUCUCCCUGUAUCUGCGUGGGUUUUCUCUGGGUGCUCUGGUUUCCCCCACAGUUCAAAGACAUGUGGUUAGGUUAACAUGAGGCAGCCUUGGGCUGAAGCGCCCUUGAGCAAGUCCAAGUCUGAGUCAUCAGUGCCCAAGUCCAAGUCAAAUCAUGAGUCCUUAAAAUUAGGGCACGAGUCAGACUUGAGUCCAAGUCCUGGACUCAAGCCUGAUUGUUACACAAACAAUAAUUAAGAUGAAAAAACAGGAGUGUGCAUAGGUAUUCACCCCCUUUUGUAUGAAACCCCUAAAUAAGAGCUGGUCCAACCAAUUCGCUUCAUAAGUCAAAUAUUGACUUCAUACAAAUAUUGUUUUCAUAAAAAAAGGGGGUGAAUACCUAUGCACGCUCCAGAUUUCUGGGGUUUUUUUUCAUCUUAAUUAUUGUUUGUGUCACAAUAAAAAAUUAAAAAAAAAACAAUGUGCACCUUUAAACUGGUCGGCAUGUUGUGUAAAUCAGAUGGUGCUAACCCCUCAAAAAUCCAUUUUAAUUCCAGCUUGUAAUGCAACAAAACAGGACAAACACCAAGGGGGAUCAAUACUUCUGCAAGACACUGUAACUAUACUAUUGAACUUCAGAUACAGAAUGGAGUCAACAAGCACUGGAAACUACCAGUAUAUGGUGACGAGUAGGGCUGUCUUCAAUUCCUUUUUUGUUUUUUUUUAAACCAUCUGGAGCUUUGGUAGUAAUCAACAGCGAAUAUUUGAAGCUUGGAUC